UCAUUGACGUCACUGCACUCACGCCCUCCUUUCCGACUGUAUGGCAUCUGUGUUAGAAGUAACGGCGAGCUAGUCUGACACAUUGUUGUUCGUCUGCAAGAGGAAAAUAGGAAAAUGGCGAAAACGUAUGACUAUCUCUUUAAACUGCUGCUAAUAGGAGACAGCGGAGUUGGCAAGACGUGUUUGCUCUUCAGGUUCAGCGAGGAUGCGUUCAACACCACCUUUAUAUCUACAAUAGGGAUUGACUUCAAAAUCAGGACCAUUGAAUUGGAUGGAAAGAAAAUUAAACUUCAAAUAUGGGACACAGCAGGGCAGGAGAGGUUCAGGACCAUUACAACAGCAUACUACAGAGGAGCGAUGGGCAUCAUGCUGGUGUAUGAUAUCACUAAUGAGAAGUCUUUUGAAAACAUCAAGAACUGGAUCCGGAACAUUGAGGAGCAUGCAUCAUCUGAUGUAGAGCGAAUGAUCUUGGGUAAUAAAUGUGACAUGAAUGACAAAAGACAAGUAUCCCGAGAAAGAGGAGAAAAGUUGGCAAUAGACUAUGGGAUCAAGUUUUUGGAAACUAGUGCAAAAUCAAGCAUAAAUGUGGAAGAGGCCUUUUUCACUCUUGCCAGAGAUAUUAUGACAAGACUCAACAGAAAAAUGAAUGACAGCAAUGCCACCGGAGGUGCAGGACCUGUCAAAAUCACAGAGAAUCGGUCAAAGAAGAGCAGCUUCUUCCGAUGUACGCUGCUCUAAUGGACUUCUCUCUAUAGACUCGUGCAACCUGUUUCACUGCUUCUCUGAAAGCACAAUAUCGCUCGGCCUGGGAGGGCAAGAUCUUACCGGCUGCUGCUGAGAGCUGUGUAUUCUGUUGACCACGUUGGAAGGAGUCUCACAAUCCCAUUACAAAGGCAAAAACCAGUCAAAAGAAUCUAAUUUGAAACAUCUCUAAAUGGUCAAGCUAAUCCAUUUCAUGGUCUCCCUUGACCUGGUUUCCUGCCGGUCACAGGGGAGUCCCUUGCUUAGAGAGAUUUUUUUUUAUUUUUUUUGGUCUUAUAUUUCUGUUAUUCUUGGAAAUGCUGAUUAAUGUGCUUUGUGGGCUGCUUCUCUUUUAGCUUUGCACUGUUACUGUGAGACACUCUAUGCCCUGUUUUUUCCUCUUACCAUGGAAACCAAACAGGGUGGUGGUUUAAUUUCAGUGGCAUUUCCAUGAAGCAUUGUGCGUGCGUUUGGUCGUGUCUAGUUUGCAGUGUGAAAGUGUCAUGUUUCCUUAUGUGCACAUCAGGAGCUCCGAUUAUACUUCAGUAAUAACGUUGAAUGUCUACAAAGGUGAGGGAUGGUCAGACACAGGCAUUUUACAGUAGUUGGACAAAAGGAUAAGAAUAAGAAACGUGUUUGUUUGUCAAUUUUGUAUCCCAAAGGAGUUGUUCUGCUUUUUACAGGGACACAUCAGGAUUACUUUUGAUUAAAGCUAACCAAAUUGUUUUGUUUCCUUUGAAUUUAUUUUUGUUAGUCACAUUUUUACUUUUUUUUUAAUAAAUUCAAGUGUUGUUUAAACAAUUUUUUUUUAACAGGAACAGCUACAAUACUGUAUACUGAAGAACGGAGAAAAAUAAUUUAUGAAAUGCAAUGCUAAAAAAAAAAUCUGGUCUCCUUCGUGUAUCCUGUAUCAUCAGGAAGAGUUUUCAUUUUUGUGUUGCAGACCACAGUGGAUAUAUGGUGGGUGGAUGAAAAAACUUGUUUACACUGAGCGAAAGUUAAUUGUUGGAAAAGGAUUCAUGUGAAGGGUUGGCUUUGUAGUCUGCAGAGUAUAUUUCAUUUUAGUGUUAUUGCAGACAAGUGAGACCACUUAGGAAGUAAAAUGUGCAAUACUGUAAUGGAUGUUGGAAAGUUUCUGGUGAUACUCAAGCCUAUUUUCUCUACCAUUUUUUUUUUUAAAAUAUAACUUCACACCUCUGAGAAUCAGAACCCAAACAGUGCAGCUGAUAAGUGGGGACAGCUUUGCUUUCACAUGUCUUUCAAAAGCCUUGGUUCGUUAUUUAAAAACAUUCAAUUAUCACAAUUGUAAAGAUGCAGGAAUUGAUGAUAAUAUCGGACCAACUGCUAAGAUGAUGUUUGCAUUCAUUCAUUCUCUGGACCAGGCUUUGUCCUGAGAAAUGACAUUCGUCUCCACUGUGGGUGUGGAGUCUGUCUUAACAUCGGACUUUGGGGCAUCUUCAUACAAAUGCUCACUGAAACGACAGUGAGCUGAGCAUUUGCUGUUACCUGUGAUUUAAUGCAAAAGUCUUAUCACAGUUUCUUUUUUUGUAUGUAACCCUCAAAAAAAUUGGACUCACAUGCAGUUCACUUGAAGUACAUGUGAAACAAUAGGAAAACCACUUUAUGCAUGCUUUAUAUUUACUGUAAACUGAAUUACCGAAAUGUACUUCGUUAGUUGAUGAGUAAUCUUUUAUUUUGUAUUAUUGGAACUACUCAUUUUAUUGCCAGAAAUAUGCCUUUUGUUUUGCUUCUUUCCAUUUCAGUGUAAAAUAACUGUGUGGUUUACAAAACAAAUGCACAAGUAUUAAUUCUUUCCUUAGCCUUGCAUUCUUGUUAGCCCUCAGUGUAAAAGUGCAUUUGUUUUAAACACAAAGUGAUGGUGAAUGGUCACCAGUGUGUCAAAGACUGUUUAUGGCUGUACUUUUCAUUUGACCAUUUAAUUGUAGAAGCACAUGACUGAAGACCAGAAGGUGUGUUGGGGGAAGUGCACCUUUAUGGGUCAGUAAAUCUGCUGUAAGGACCUCAGCUGUUGAGCAACAUUUCAUAUGGUUUGUGCGUGUAAUAAACUGAAACCCAUAACUUUUGUGUCUACUGUGUAAAAUGGAAACUCGGCACAGUACCAAGUAGAAAAUACUUCUUCCCAGCUCUAAAUUUGAAGGUAUUUGCCAUGUAUUCAGGGUUCAGAUACCUUUUGUACACUUUUAAUGUCUUUUAUAUCAGAAUAUGUAAGUACUCGGCUAAAACUAAUGAAAUUCUUAAAGCCUCAGUUAACACAAGGUAACUGAAGUUGAUACCUGGUGCAUUUACCUCAACUCACCUUUUCACAUCCGUUUAUGGACCGUGUUUCGUUUGCAUCAGUCAGAUGACCGAAAUGAAGGAUUCUGUAUUGGUUGUCUCCUAGUGUACCAAAGUGUGUGUUUAAUUUUCCGCUGUAUAAAAGGAACAGUGUCUCGUCCUGCAAAUCAUGCCCGAUUGUCGCCCUGAGAGCUGAGCUUGCCACACAAUAUCCACCUUACUGGGACUGUGGGGACUGGGAAUAAUGUCAGUCUUCCAUAUUACUGUGAACUAUCACAGGCAGAUACUAUAUUUCAUUGGUUUAAAUAGAUGAUUGCUUGAGUUACAUUAAACUGAUGCACUGCAUAGACCACUUGUUCAGAAUGUAACUGUGCUUUUAUUGUUGUGCAAUGACAAUAUUGAAAAUAACAUUCAUGGGACCAUAGUUUUCACAUUUAUGUUUCUAUACAAACAUAAAUAUGCACACGUUGAAAAAGCUCUGUUCUAUUAAUGUAACAGUGAAAGCAUUUCAUUUAACUGAUUCUAGUAUUUUUAACCAUGUUUACCAAACCUUAAAGGCGUUAGGUAUGGCUUCUCUUCAUACACUGUCAGAUGCUUGUUAAUGUUUGUCUGAGAGCAUCGUCAAACCUGUGUAACAUUUAACCCUUAUCACAUUGUGGACUGAUAAUUGUGUAAAGUUUAAAAAAAAAAAAAAAUUCUGGUUUUGUUAAUUGUGAACAUUUUCUAGAAUAUGUGACUUAAGUAAAGAUUGCAAAAAAGAAA